UCUAGACGUACUGAGAGCAUGAAUAUUUCUAAUUCCAUUGCCUUUCAAUUAGGUGCUUCUUCUUCUUCUUCAUUCUCUUCAUCUCCUUCCAUCCCUCCAUGGAAUCAUGAUGUAUUCUUGAGCUUUAGAGGUGAAGAUGUUCGCCAUAAUUUUAUUUCCCAUCUAUACCAUGCUUUGGAUCAAAGGGGAAUCAUUACUUACAUAGAUAACAAUCUUGAAAGAGGGGAGGAGAUUUCACCGGCACUUUUCAGAGUUAUUGAAAAGUCAAGGAUUUCUAUCAUUGUACUCUCUAAAAACUAUGCAGAAUCUAGAUGGUGCUUAGACGAGCUAUUGAAGAUUCUUGACUGCCAAAAAACAAUAAAACAAAUUGUUCUACCAGUUUUUUACGACGUAGAUCCAAUGGAAGUACGGCAUCAAAAUGGGAGUUUUGGAGAAUGCUUUGAUAAACUUGGAGAUAAGCUCAAGGAUGGUGCAAAGAUGCUAAAAUGGAAGGUAGCUUUGAAAAGAGUAGCUGAUUUGUCUGGGUUCCCAUUAGCGAACUUUCGGGAUGAGUCAGAAUUUAUCCAAAAAAUUAUUUGGUGGGUUGACUCAAGAAUAGCAUACCGUACACCUUUAAGUGUUGCUAAGUAUCCAAUUGGAAUAGAGCCUCGUAUACGAGAUCUUUAUCAGCAUUUAAAUAUCGGAAGAAAUGAUAUUAUACAUGCGGUAGGGAUAUUAGGAACUGGUGGAAUUGGUAAGACAACUAUUGCAAAAUAUAUUUAUAAUAUGAUUUCUUCUCAAUUUGAAGGAAGUUGUUUCUUGAAAAAUAUUAGAGAAACAUCAAAACAAAUUGGAGGUCUAGUUCAAUUGCAAAAUACACUUCUUUCCGAGAUCUUAGGAACAAAAUUUGAUAUUAAUGAUGUUGAUAAAGGAGUCAAUGUGAUUUGGCAUAGACUUCGCUCUAAAAGAGUUCUACUAAUUCUUGAUGAUGUGGAUGAGUUGGUCCAACUAGAAAAAUUAGCUGGAGAUCGGGCUUGGUUUGGUUCAGGAAGUAGAAUUCUCAUAACAACAAGAGAUCAACAAUUAUUAAAAGUCUUUGAAGUUGAUUCGGAAUACAGGUUGAAGGUUUUGGAUGACAAUGAAGCUCUUCAGCUCUUUAGCUUGCAUGCUUUCAAGAAAGAAGAACCACUUGACGAUUAUGUGGAACUCUCUAAACAAGCCAUAAACUAUGCACAUGGUCUUCCACUAGCUUUAACAGUGCUAGGUUCGGAUUUAAAAGAUCAAAGUAUACAUCAAUGGAAAAGUGCAUUGGGUAAGUAUAAAAAUAUUCCAAAUGGUAAUAUUCACAAAAUACUCUUAGUGAGUUAUGAAGGUCUGGAUGAUAAUGAGAGGGAAAUGUUCCUUGAUAUUGCAUUUUUCUUCAAAGGAGAACCUUUGGCUAAUGUCAUGAAAAUAUUUGAUAGUUGUGCUUUUUCUCCGGUUCAUGGAAUCAAGAGGCUGAUAGACAAAUGUCUUAUUACCACUGAAGGGAGUAAUGAAUAUGUUUGGAUGCAUGACUUGUUACAAGAUAUGGGACGAGAAAUUGUUCGACUAGAAGCACCCAAAGAUCCUAGCAAACGUAGUAGACUGUGGUUUCAUGAGGAUAUCCGUGAAGUGUUAGAAGAAAGUACGGGGCCAAACAGAAUUGAAGGCAUAGUAGUAGAUUUACCUGAAGGUGAUGACGAGAUAAUCUUGCAUCCGGAAGCAUUUGGACAUAUGAAAAGACUUAGAGUCUUUAUAAAUCGUAAUGCAGGUUUUUCUUGUAAACCCAAUUAUCUCUCCGACAAGCUAAGAGUACUUGAUUGGUCUAAAUAUUCUUUACAAUCUUUGCCACAUAAUUUCCAAGGAAAGAAACUCAUUGUCUUUAGGAUGCAUCAUAGCCUCAUAAAGAAGUUGGGGGAGGGAUUCAAGCCCAAGAAUUUGACAACUAUGGCUUUUUGGAAUUGUAAAUUCUUAAAAAAAAUUCCAGAUCUUUCAAGCGUCUCAAAUUUGAAGGAAUUGAUUGUCGCAUGUUGUACAAAAUUAGUUGAGGUGCAUGAUUCCAUUGGAUCUCUGGAAAAUCUUUCUAACUUGAAUUUUUUUGAAUGCUCUAAACUUCGAAUUCUUCCAAGAAGCCUGAAGUUGAGAUCUUUACGCAAUCUUGUUCUUUGGGAUUGCUCAAGCCUUCAUGAUUUUCCUGAGAUCGAUUGUAAAAUAGAAUCUUUAAGUCAAUUGGUUCUACGUGGCACCGCAAUAGAAGAUCUACCUUUAUCCAUUGGGAACCUCGUUGGACUUCACUAUUUAAAUCUAUCAUACUGCAAAAACCUUAUUUGUCUCCCAAAUAUUGCUUGCAUUCUGUUGAAACAUUUAUGGGAGCUUGAGAUUGGUGGUUGUCCAAAUCUUGUAAAGGAGAUGAGGGAUGAUGGGCUAUCCAUUAUGGCUAUUGAGUCUACAACAAUGCAAGAGGAGAUAUCAUUACGUGAAGAAACACUCCAUGAAUUGGUGCCUCCAACGAAUUCAAGCAAUGAGAGUGCUGCAUUACAAGUGUUGAAUCUUCAAAACUAUUUCCAAUCAAAAUCAAAUUUCUUUCCAAUAUAUACUUUAUUUACCAUGUUUAAUUCCUCGGCUAGUUUGCAUUUGUUAGAUCUAUCGGAGACUAACAUUGUUAGCCUUCCCACGAGCAUCAAAGAAUUCGUUACACUAAGUGAUCUUUUCUUGCGCGGUUGUGAGAAACUUGAAGAAAUACUAGAGCUUCCUCCAAAUAUGAGGUUCAUAAAUGUUGAGGGAUGCAAGUCAUUAGAAAGAUUUACAGAAGUAUCAAAAAUAUUGGAAUUCAAUGGAAGCCACAUCAGAUCGCUAAAAUGGAUUGAAAUGGAUGGUUGCGACAAACUGCAUGUGAAUAUAUGGAAUGAUAAAGUGCAAAACCCUUUAUUGUGGAAGGGACUCUAUGAUCAUGAUGCUACUUUGUUUCCAGAAAAUCAGAUUCCAGAGUGGUUGAGUUAUGUUCAUGACUUUUUAAAAAAUAAUACAAUGGUGAAAGGGCUUGACGAUGAUGUUAGACCAAGGGGAAAAGAAGAGUGGGCAAUAGAUAUUGAGGGGCCGCACUAUUUGGAGGAGAUAAGUGGAAUUGUAUUAUAUUUCGCAAUAUUUUUUGAUGAUGAUUAUUACUGGGAGGAGGGUAUUAUUGGUGGUGUUAAGAUAACCAGUGAUGGCUCAAAUCAUGUAUGCAGUAUUCAAAAAGGGGUGGAAUUGAUUAAUUUGGAUUGGUUUGGAUAUAAUAUAUGGGUGGGGUACUCCAAUUUACAAUCUUUUGAGCUAAAUGUUUUGGACAACUUGCGAAUUCAAUUUUAUCUCCAUCAUCCUCAUAGGGGGUCAGUGCCAUUUUAUACAACUUGCAGAGCCAAAGUGGUAUAUAAGAAUGAAAGGAGAUCAAAUAAAAAAAGAAAAAUGGAUGAAGCCGAUGAUGCUGGACAAGGUACUUAUAAACAGCAAUUCAAUUAAUGAUAAUCCAAGUAAGUCACCCCUGUUCAUACUAUACUAUGUGGUUUGGUUGGGAUAUCUUUUACGUGUGUUCUUUUGAUUUUCAAGUAAUUUUUCCCUUUAAUUUUUGUUCUUUCUCUUUGCAUAUUAUAUCUUUUUCCCCCUUUCUUUCUGAAUACCAAAAAACAAAAGGUGCUUGGGUUGAAAGACCCAAUAAAACGGCACCGUAUCAGGCAUUGGUGGACAGCUGUGGAAUUUCAAUAAAAACGAACGUUUUGAUGAAACAAAGUCUAUCGUUUUUGUAGAGUCAUGCUGAGUCUGUCGUUUGGUGUAGUUUUAGCGUCAGUGUUGCUGCGCACCGUUUUAUUAAAGUGUUUUCUGUGUUGGGUCUAUGGUCAGUGAUUUACUUUGGCAUUGCUACAGAUCAGUUUAUGGUUUCUACCCAGUCUGGUACAAGGGUGUACGUCGACUUAAGGAGGAGAGUGAGGUGCAGGAAAGAUCAUUCUGGAAUUUUGUUAAGUUAGAGAAUUGUAUGGAGGUUGGGAAACCUUCGACGCUUUCCCUUAUCUAAUAUACGUAUGGCCCUCUGAGGCAUUUCCACAAACAGCUUCCAUCCAUUCCCUAUUCCAUUCCUGCAACAUCACAGCCACUAUUACAUUCAUUCCCAAUUACAUUCAGUCAUCACAACACCAUCACAACAGGGUUCUAACAUUGCAUCCCUGUGCCGUUUUACAAUUUGAAUCACAGUGUAUCAGAAGGAUUCCCAAUUUAUCUGUACUGAUUUUUUUUUUUUUUUGAUGAAUAAUCUGUACUGAAUUCCUACACACA